UCCAGCCUGGGCAACAAAGCAAGACCCCAUCUCCAUAAAACAAAAACAAACAAGCAAAAGAACAAUUCCAGGGCACCCCUGUUUCCAGUUCUGUCCACUUUACAUUCUCGAAAUAAAACUAGUGUCCCUUUGACAGACACAUUUUUCAUCAGCAGUGCGUGGCUGAAGCGUCUGUCCUUCCAGACGUCCCCCACGGCCACAGCAGGCAGAACCCUAAGAAGGAAGGGUCUGAUUUUCCUCCUGAAGCCAUAGGUGGCCGGAGGUGCCCAGCUGGCCGUGGAGGGCGGUGCUGACUCGUGCAUAACCGUAGGUUUCACACCUGGGCACGUCCAGGCGGGGCACAAAACUUCUCCCUGAAACUGAAAUGAAAGCUCUGGGCCAUUUUAAAAGCAGUUUGAGGAAGCUGUUUGCGCAGCAGCUGGUAAGAAGUCACAGGCCUCCUCUGGAGGAAGAAAGAGCAGGGUGGAGCCUUGGGUUGACAUGGGUGUUACAAGCUAGAAAGACUUUGGAGAUCUCCCGGCGCUCGGAUUGUAUGUUUUCUGCUGAUACAUGCUCUGUGGGAGGAAUGUCCCUGAAAUGAAAGGAUUGACACCUGGGGGCUGAAGAGCCCGGGCGAGGACCCCUCCAGGAUGCACGUCCCAAACAGCACCGGCCCGGACAACGCGACGCUGCAGAUGCUCCGGAACCCGACGAUCGCGGUGGCCCUGCCGGUGGUGUACUCGCUGGUGGCGCUGGUCAGCAUCCCGGGGAACCUGUUCUCCCUGUGGGUCCUGUGCCGACGCAUCGGGCCCAAAUCCCCGUCGGUCAUCUUCAUGAUCAACCUGAGCGUCACGGACCUGAUGCUGGCCAGCGUGCUGCCGUUCCAGAUCUACUACCACUGCAAUCGCAACCACUGGGUGUUCGGCGUGCUGCUGUGCAACGUGGUCACCGUGGCCUUUUACGCAAACAUGUACUCCAGCAUCCUCACCAUGACGUGCAUCAGCGUGGAGCGCUUCCUGGGGGUCCUGUACCCGCUCAGCUCCACGCGCUGGCGCCGUCGUCGUUACGCGGUGGCCGCGUGCGCCGGGACCUGGCUGUUGCUCCUGGCCGCCCUGUCCCCGCUGGCGCGCACCGACCUCACCUACCCGGUGCACGCCCUGGGCAUCGUCACCUGCUUCGAUGUCCUCAAGUGGACGAUGCUCCCCAGCGUGGCCAUGUGGGCCGUGUUCCUCUUCACCAUCUUCAUCCUGCUGUUCCUCAUCCCCUUCGUGGUCACCGUGGCCUGUUACACGGCCACCAUCCUCAAGCUGUUACGCACGGAGGAGGCGCACGGCCGGGAGCAGCGGAGGCGCGCGGUGGGCCUGGCCGUGGUGGUCCUGCUGGCCUUUGUCACCUGCUUCGCCCCCAACAACUUCGUGCUCCUGGCGCACAUCGUGGGUCGCCUGUUCUACGGCAAGAGUUACUACCACGUCUACAAGCUCACGCUGUGUCUCAGCUGCCUCAACAACUGUCUGGACCCGUUUGUGUAUUACUUUGCCUCCCGGGAAUUCCAGCUGCGCCUGCGGGAAUAUCUGGGCUGCCGUCGGGUGCCCGGAGACCCCCUGGACACGCGCCGCGAGAGCCUCUUCUCCGCCAGGACCACGUCCAUGCGCUCCGAGGCCGGUGCGCACCCCGAAGGGCUGGAGGGAGCCCCCAGGCCCUGCCUCAUGAGGCAGGAGAGCGAGUUCUGAGUCUCCGGGGGUGCAGCUUGGAGAGCCAGGGGCGCAUGGAGAGGCCACGGUGCCAGAGGUUCAGGGAGAACAGCUGCGUUUCUCCCGGGCACUGCAGAGGCACCGGUGAGGAAAGGUCUCCAGGUUUCACUGAGGGUAGAGAAACCAGCAAAACCCAGCGGCGCACAGGGCGCUCUGUGAGGCUGCAGCGGGGGCCUCUGCCUCUCUGUGCCAUGCACCAGACAGCGUGUGCCACCACGCCCUGCUAAUUUUUGUAUUUUUUUUUAGUGGAGCCGGGGUGUCCACCCCCGAGUUCCUUAGACACUCCUUCUCACACCUGUCCAUCCCCGAGCAUGGACAUUCAACCAGCCCCGCUCCCUCUGCCACUGCAUCUCUGGAUACAUCCUCCCUGGGCGACCUGCCAGCCCCAUUCCCAGCUCCUCUCCUUGCUGACGUCGUCCCUUAGCUGUGGUUCUGGCCUUUAUUCUCCCCCAGAGGUGCUGGUCUCCUUAGUGUGGUGCACACCGACAUUGCUGUUGGUUUCACUCAGGGCCACUCUGCUGGCUGUGGUUGGAAUUCUUCAUUCAGAGGAACGAGGACAGAUUUAUAUACUUCAUCUCUGAUGACUCCGGGAGCACCUGAGGUUCCUGCACCUCAACUACUCCCGUGUUCCCCACAUCUGCUCCCUGCUCCACCGCACCCCCCAACCUGGAGCUGACCACGGUGAUUCCUGGCACGGUUGUUCUGACCUGGCUUGGAGGGCCCCCCACCCCUCCUCUGCUUCUGUGAAUCCCUGAGAGUGAAGGAGGUCCCAUCAGGCCCCUGGACCACCAUCAGGCCUCCCUGACUCAGGACGAGGACCUCGGAGGCCCAGGUGUGGAAACGAGGCUCGGUGAGAUGGGUCCCAGCCCAUCCCAACCCAAGGGUGCAGCUUGAUUCCGCAGUUCCCGGCCUUCUGAGCAUUGUCUGCCUCAUGUUUCCCCCGCUGGCGAGUCCAUCCGGGGUCUGGGGAGCAGGCAACUGGCCAGACCCGUGAGACCGUUUGGAGAUCAAGCACCGGACACAGGUGUGGACCGCAGGAACCUGCAGGGGUGUCAGUCGCUGGGCCCCCUCCAUGCUGUGAGGGUGGUGAGCAGACUGUGUGUUUGCCUUUCUUCCUCUGCACCAGACGUGCCUGCACCAGCCCCAAUACCUGAGCUGGUUUAGCGUAAAGAAGAGGUCUGACUCCCCACAGGCGUCCGAACACUACAGGGAAUUGGAUUCCUGGCUCUGUUGGGUGAGAAAGAUGGUUCUGGAGGCGAGAAUGGGAGAGCUGGCCAUCCGCCCAGGGGCUCUGGGCAGUCUCCAUAGUGGGUGGCCUCGGAUGCCCAGCCCCUCCCUUUCUGUGCACUGGGGACACCGACGGAGGCCAAAGCUGCUGUUCAGGGGCCCUGUGUUGGCGCCUCUCUCCUGCCAUCAUUAUCAUGGAAGGAAAACAGAGAUGGCUUAGUAAUUAAUUCAAUCAUUCCCAAAACCCGUGUCCACCCGGAACAUCAGGAUGGGACCGUGUUUGGAAACCGGCUCUUUACAAAUGUAAUUUUUUUUUGUACUUUUUUUUUUUAAUUAUACUUUAAGUUCUAGGGUACAUGUGCAUAACGUGCAGGUUUGUUACAUACGUAUACUUGUGCCAUGUUGGUGUGCUGCAGCCAUCAACUCGUCAGCACCCAUCAACUCGUCAUUUACAUCAGGUAUAACUCCCAGUGCCAUCCC